ACAUCACAUGACAUUACAUGCUUAGCCAACACUGCAAAGCUGAAAGAGACCCGCGGGCCCGAGGAUUGUUCUAUAACUUGAGCGGAAGAUAUCAUUCUAGUUGGUGCAUUACAGUGCAAGCAUGGGCCUCCCGCCACUGGAGUACAUAGACUGCUUCCUGGACUCUCCAAACUUUAGGGAGAUCAUCGGUUUGUAUGAGAAGGAGCUCGAUGAGAAUGCUCACCAUGUCAAAGCCUUGGUCCGAGAGUGCAAGCAUAUGAUUCAAGCUACAGAGGAGUUCUCAAAGGUGCAAUCAUCGUUUGCACAAGUCUUGGGCAAUUUCAAGUUUCAGACAAUUGGAGAACAAACAGAAGAUGAGAGAAUGAUAACCAACUCCCUCCAGACCUUUGCCAGGCUGCUGUUUACCAUUGAGGACUGUCGACACAACAUGUUGAGUACCAUCUCAGUGAGACUGUUGCAGACUCUGGAGAGAUUCAGAAAGGAGCAGAUUCAGAAAGCAAAGGAUGAAAAGAGACGUUUUGACCGCUCCUCCCAUAACUAUUACGAGGCCCUACAGAAGCACCUGAGUAUGUCCACAAAGAAGAAGGACAUCUCUGAGGCAGACUCCACUCUGGAGAGAGAGCACGCUGGGUACCGACAGUCAGCCUUUGACUAUGUGUGCAAGCUACAAGACGUUCAUGCUCAGAAGCAGUAUGAGCUCAUAGAGCCGAUCAUUGGCUAUAUCAGUGAUGUGUCCACCUUCCUACAUCAAGCCUACGACAGUGCCGGCUCUAUCAAACCAGAGCUACAGGCAGUACAGUUCAAAGUUCAAAUUCUGAGAGACACACACUUAAACGAGCUAGAGAAGGCCUACCAGCUCAAAGCACAAGUCAUUGAGGAAGGGGAGGCGGGGCUAGUCCACCAUCCUGACUUCCUACGACAAGGAAACCUCUUCGUGCAAGAUAACACAAAGAAAGUGACAAUCGGGACCCAGUGGCACAGAUACUUCUGUCAGUUCAGGAAGAAAGAUAUUGGUGGCAAGAAGAUUCGUCAAGUCCGGUUCCUACCCAUUGGCCAUCAGGGAAACUUACCCUCUCAAGACUUUAUGGAGGUUAGAGACUGUGUUCGCUCAAAGUCUGAGGAUGUGGACAGACAGUUCUGUUUUGAUCUGGAACUACAGUCCCUCCAUGGCAGUCACAAGUACAUAGUCCAAGGAACGUCUCGUGAUAACAGGAAGGGAUGGUUGGAGAGCAUGGAGGGCAAGGAGCCGGUCUACAGCUCACUUAAAGUCCUGGAGAUAGGCGGUGUUAACGAAAAUGGGAUAGCAUUUGUUCAGAAGUGUCUCGACUUAAUAGAGUCAAGAGGUCUAGAUGAGGAGGGUCUGUAUCGUAAGCCAGGUGUGCUCUCCAAGGCAACCAAGCUGGUCAAGGAGUGUAUAGAGAAGGGCAAGACACACUCCAUGAACAUGUCUGAUGAGUUUGAGUGGGACACUAAGACACUGGCUAGUGCUGUCAAGAUGUACCUGAACAAACAGCUGGGAGAGCCUCUCUUCACCUUCGUCAUGCAUCAUCAGUUCAUCGAUGCUGCAAAGAUACCGAACCAUGAGAAGAGGGUGUGUGCCAUUCGAGAGCUAAUUGACCAACUGCCACCCCUUCACAAGGAACUAACAGCUAUCAUCAUGUGGCACCUUCAUCGAGUUGCUGCCGCGUCUGACGUCAACCUGAUGAAGGCGAGCAACAUUGGGGUGUGUUUUGGUCCCACCCUCAUGCGGCCGGAGCGAGAGUCCGUGGCAACCAUUGUGGACAUCAAAUACCAGAACAUCAUCGUUGAGGUCAUGGUGGAUAAUGUGGAGGAAAUCUUCAGCGGUGACUCUGGUAGUGGUGCAGGGUCCGCCCCUGAUGUCCCCCCUCCCCCUAUCCCUGCAGCCCCCUCGUCCAGGAAGCCUCGGGAGUUUGAGGACUCUUGUGGCUAUCGGAUCCCCUCACAAAUAAUCUCCACCCCUAGCAACCCGUCCAGCAGAGGGAGCAGAUCAUCAGUGGGUGGGAUCACUAAACCACUUCCUCCUCCCACCCCUGUCUCUCGUACCCCGAGCUCAGCCAGUGCCGGAUCAAAGGGACGGUCCCCCAGUCCUGAGCCAUACGAGGUACCACUCAAAAUGCUUGAAGGUGACAAGCGUCGACCACCACCUAUUCCCCCUGGAGGCAUGGGCGUACCGCCCCCUGUACCCAAGAACAAACCACUAAUACCAGAAACCAAGAGGCGAUCACACACGAGCGCCUCUCAAGCGCCAGAGCCAAACCACAAGCCCAUGGUAGGUGCGAAAAGACACUCUCGAAUAGAGCCCCCUACCAAGCCCCCUGAAGACUCACCACCACCAAGGGCCCCCAUCAGAGCUCACAAGAGGGCGCGGAGUGCGAAGGCUCUGUAUGACUGUCAAGCAGAGGAUGAAUUGGAACUGUCUUUCAAGAAGGACGAAGUGUUAUACAAUGUGACUCAGUCUGAGGAGCCGGAUUGGAUGCAGGCCAGUCUAGCAAGCGGCAGGCAAGGACUUGUACCAGCAAAUUACCUAGAAAUUCUCUAGUGUGUGUUCUGUGUCAACUGUGAAAUGUCGGAACUACUAUUAAUUUUGACAAGUUCGUGUGCUUGUUCACUAGUUUCAUUUUGUAGAGUAUGUUGAGCACGAUGUUGUUUGUACCAAAUCAGUCUGUAUAAUUAUGUACAGUGUAUUAUUAUUAAUAGCAACUGUGACACACUCAAUUGAAUGUGUAAUGAAUGGAAUUGUGAUUUUUUUUCAAA